UAUUUUUCUUUGGGAAGAGGAAGCUUUUAUCACUGACACUACACUAUAUAAGCAUCAUCACUUCCCUCAGUGUGUUACAUCAAGCAAGAAGAGACUCCUGAUUAGACUGCAUGAACUAUGGCUCAUCAGACUGACGUGGUGUUACUUCUUAUUCUCGCCAUAGCAGCAACAGCCUUUGCUAAUGUGGUGAAACCUCUGACAGCUGCUGAUUUUGAUAAGAUUGUGCAAGAGUCAGCUGGACGCCGUCAAGCAAAAAGCAGGUGUUUCGGAUGCUGUCCAUUUGGCUGGGUGUUCUAUGGUGGAAGUUGCUUCACGUAUCAGGCCUCCAGCAUGGACUGGAUAUCAGCUGAGAAAUACUGUCUGAAUCUCAAUGCACACUUGGUCUCAAUGCGCAACGAAAAUGAAUAUCAGCUGGUUAAGGCUCUUAUCCGUGCUCAUGACCCCCAAGAGAAGCCAACAUGGAUCGGCCUCAGUGGCUGUCAGAAGAGAAAUAACUGGUUAUGGUCUGAUGGCACCAAAUUGACUUUCACCAAGUGGAAUCCAACUGAACCAAAUUUUAAAAAUGAAGAAUGCUGUGUGCUUAUAAACUUCGACGGCAGGAAGGACUGGGUCGAUGCUCCAUGUGAAUGGACAUAUCACUUUGUGUGUGCCACGAAGCCUAUCUGAAAUGUCAGAAAUUUUUACCUUGUCAAUGAUGCAUUUAUAAAAAACUCACUUUGGCAACUUGCCAUAAUUUGAGCAAUAAAAAAACUACACUUUGGUGUUAAUGAAAUUAAUUCAUUAAAAAAAAAAAAUCAUUUAGCACUCUAAA